AUGGGGGCCGCAGAGGUCAACACGGUCGCCAUCGCAGCUCCUGGCGUGCGCGCGAACGCUGUUCGAGAGACCCACGCCCAUGGCCGCGCCCUCGCGUGUCCGGCGUGCUCCAUCAACGCUGCGGAGCAACGAGCAGGUGAAAAGGACGCCAUUAUGGAAUUUAACGACGCGCUCGCCGCCCACUCCCGCGUCGACUCCCAUCCCACCGCCACCAGGCAAAAGUAUAAAUGUCGGGCUGUCGUCUCGCUCGCUCGUCGAAAGCGGCCCCCGAAGGAGGUAUUCCCCAAGUAUACAAUCCCUCAAAACGCAUAA